AGCAAUGGCUGAGGACAAAAUCAUUGCCGGAGAAGAGAGUUUCAAUCAGGAUAACAGUCAUGAUGAGACGACCGGUGAUAAUCAGUCAUUAUCUGAAUCUGAGGUGUCUGAGGUAUCUGAAUGCAUUGAGAAGGAAAUGGAGGAACUUGAAGUGCGACGUACUAAAGUUACUUGUCCUGUCUCUCUAAUGAUCAUGGAUCGUCAUAAGGAAAUACUCUUUAAUUACCUCGGAAUUAGGCAAAAGAGGUUGGAAGAGGUGAUGUAUGGAGUUCAGCCAGGUCAAGAGUCCCUUAAAGAGGAUUAUCAGACCUUGACUGACCUGGAAAUUGAGAUAAAUACUGAUGAGAAGACGAAAAUCUGAUGACGGAGCAUGGUGAUCUGCAAGUUAAAGAGACGACAACUGAUGAGAAUCCUAAGAAAGAUUCAGCUGGGACUUCUCCAUUAGGUGGAUUCUUUACUAAACAGGGCCAAGAGGGGAAAUGCAUGCUUGACCUAAAGUGAAUCUCACCACCGGUAGCAGAAAAAGAGAUGAAAAAGAGUGAUGAUUACAAGCAGUUUAGCAUUGGCAAUUUGAGUAGUGGUGAUUUGAUCAGUCGCCAUUUUUUUUAAUUGAGUUUGAACCAUGCAAAAGCAAAAGGGUUGAAGAAAGUUGAAGUGGCAGAUGGCGAUGUUGAUUUGAAAGGAGGAAAGGAGACUACUGCUGAUUGUGGCAUAAAUAGCAACCCUGAAAAUGAGGAGAAGGGCAACAACUGAGGUUUGCAAGUUAAAACUUUGUUCAUAUUUCAAGGUUUAGAAGUUAACAAAUUUUCUCUGGUGUAAAUAAAGCAGUGAAGUAUGAGAGCUGAACCAACAAGGGUUGUGGGUGGAGUAGUAAGUACUUCAUCCUUAACCAGAGGUCUCGGGUUCGAGUCCUUUGGGUACGGAGUCGCCUUUGUUAUGGAGCGUUUUACCCCUUGAUGUGGAACUUCCCAGUGCGAUUCCGGAUUUAGUUGGUCUCCAAUGUGGAAACCAAACACCGGGUGGAAAAUAAAAAAAAAGAAAUAUGAGAGCUGAUGUUGAGACUAAGAACGACUUGUUUUGUCCUAAGAUUUGGUGUGAGUACUUUUUGGUGAAAAGCAAGUAAGGACAGCAAAAUCUUCAAAUAGGUCAUUGCAUUAGAAUGCUAAAGUGAAACACACACGAAUAUUGUGAGACAGAAAGAUUAGUUUUUAGCUGAAUGAGAAUAAGGUGCAGCAGCUUAUUACUAGACUUGAAUCUUGACAUUCAGUUUUAAUACAAUGCUUAGUCCUGUAUUUAUUUUCUCCGUAUAGUGUUCCCUCCAUUUUCUAAUUUCCAAAUUGCUAAUCGAAUAGAACACACACUGCCUGAAAAAAGAAACUACAAAGGUUUCAUUUUAGCAGUGUCUAGUUUCUAGUUAAAA